AUGACCACCAAAAAAGUCGUCCAAUUUGUUAUACGUGAGAUGAAACUGUCCGAUGAGGCAGAGCUACAGAGUUUGUGGAAAACGGUAGGCUUUUCGCCGAUGUCAUGCGGUAUCGGUAUCUACAGGCGUGUCCACACUAGCGGACUAUUUGUAGCUCAGGAUGUCGACACAGAGAAAAUUAUCGGCUUUUGUCGUGGUGUCCACGCGCGACAUGAUCUCGGCUACAUUGGCUUCUACUGUGUACAACCGGAACUCCAGGGACAGGGCAUCGGACACGCAAUUUGGUCCAAAGCCAUGAACCACAUCGGCGACCGAAAUGCCAGUCUGUUUGCUUUCAAUGAAAAAAUGGGUGAACUUUAUCGGACUAAAUGCGGCUUUACUUAUGUACCCAAUAGACGAUUGGUUCAUAUGACUGGUCAAGUGGUGGUCAACGAUAGUGUUGUCAAUAAAGUUAUUGACGGCAUAACUUUGCAGCCGUUUACCGAAGAUAUAGUGCCGACAAUAGUCAAAUAUGAUGMUCAUGUAUGCGAUGGUUUAGAUCGACGGAUACUCAUUGAAGAGCUGAGCAAAGCAUCGGAUACGUGGUGUUUAGCCGCUGUUGAUGAACACCGUGAGGUCGUAGGCUAUGUUGCAAUGUAUGCAACGGUUUUGGGUGUCACCAAAGUUGGACCACUGUAUGCCAAUAGUGCCGAUAUAGCCGAGCUUUUGGUUAACGCGUGCUUUCAAAGCGUGCCAUCCAAAUACACACAUAACAUACUUUACACGUGUUGGACGACAAAUCCAACAGCAAUAGACAUAGCAAAACGUAUGGGACUUAUCUAUCAAAAAGAUCGACCAUUUCUACUGACACGACAUAACUAUGAGGGACAACAUAUAGAUAAACAAUUUUGCAUUUCUGAUAACUUUUUGUAUCCUUUUUAA